CAUCCUCAUUUGAUUGUAAUUAAAUGUAUAUGUCAUUCUUUAGCUUUAUGCUCUUCAUAUGCAUGUCUGCAACUACCUUCAGCAGUUGAGACAUUGGCAAGGAAUAUUUUUAAUUACAUUUCCAACAGUCCUAAAAGAUCCAACCUAUAUAAAGAAAUCCAAAAACUGUUGGACAUUCGUCCAAAAAAAAUGUUGCAUCCAGGUCAAACAAGGUGGUUGUCUUUAGAAUCAGUUGUUGUCCGGAUUUUGGAACUUUAUGAACCCUUAAAAAUUUACUUUUCAUUUGCGGCCAAUGUCGACAAAAUUGAUACUGCUAAUAUUAUAUUUGAAAACUUAAAUGAUACUAAUGAAAUUUACGUGUCAUUUUUAAAAUAUAUUCUAGCAAUUAUUAAUAAUAUAAACAAAAUGUUUCAAUUUUUUCCUAUAAUAACUAAAUUUGUUCGGAAGAUAAUGGUAUUACCCCAUUCAUCAGCAAAUGUUGAGCGUGUUUUCAGUCAAGUAAACCUUAAUAAAACGAAAAGUCGAAAUUCCCUCAAUAAGGAUUCAAUGGAGGUGACACAGUACAAUUUAAAGAAGUUUUUAAAAAACCGAGACACUACAAACGCCACCACGCAUUGA